CAUUUUUUUUUUGAAAACGCUAGCUAAAGAGAAAGUACUAAAACGAAGAAUCCAUGUUUUAGUUUCAUUUUUAAUUUGAAUGAAGUGACUGGAAUAUAUUCAAAGAAACAGAAAAACCUAUAAUAUUUGUCGACAAUCAUGGACAUUAACUUAAAUUUUUAAGGAAGUCUUUUCAUGAACACUUCCUUUGUAGGAAGAAAAUGGAAACGCUAAGCAUAAUUCUACUAUGUGUAUUUAUUCCAGUUACAGUUCUACUAUCUAUUUGUCUACUUUGUAUUCACUCGUAUUGGAAAAGGAAGUGGAAAUCGAUAACUAAAGAAAACGAUAUAGAGGCAAAAGGAGAUAUAAAGAUCGGGAAUCAAUCCAAAGAAAAUGUGAAGCAUACCUUAAGGUUUCAAGGCAGACUCGAAGAUGCACAGAUUCCCUUAGUGGAUAUGGGCCAAAGCGACAGAGCUAAACUGAACACAGACAAGCAAUAUGAUCCUGACACAACUGCAGCUGAAGCUGAAAAAAGACAAAGAACAAGGAAUAAGAAAUUAAUUUUUACAGAAGAAAAAGCUUUACAAACAACCUGUCCCGAAUUUGUAGACAAAUGUGUAGGGGUUGAUUAUGCUGUAUCAGACAAGUGCAUACAAUCUGAUGAGGUUAAUAUAACUUAUCUCUAUGUUCGUGGACCAUCACAUCAAGAUCCUACAUUCGUUGCUGAUGAAAAAUUAGGAGGACGAAAAAAGAAACAAAAGAAAAAAUCAAAAGCAACAAAGAGAUCAAUCGACGUCGAAAAUCAAGACGGUGCGAAACAGAUAAGGGUUGAAGAAUCUAAAUUAUUUGAAUUUGAUCCUCCAAUAGGAAAUAAAAAUCUUGGCAACACUUGUUUUUUCAACUCAUCAUUACAAGCGUUGUACUUUACCAAGUUCUUUGAAGACGCACUUUCAUUAUUGAAGGUGUCAGCUCCUAACUUUCAAAAUUUGAAACUGACAAAAAGUGUAUUGGAAUUACUUGAGAAAAAGAAUGUUAACCAUACUCAGGAAUUAAGAAGUGUUUUGAAUGCAGUUAGGAACAUAAAUAAUCAAUUCGGUCGUGGAACACAAGAAGAUAGCUACGAAUUAUUAAAUACGCUCCUUGGAGGGAUCCUUGAUGAACUUCAAAAUGGGGAUAGAACAUGCAAACCAAUAGAUGUUGAUUCUGGUGUCAAUGGAAUAAGUUUAAAAAAUCUAUUUACGGGGAUAUUCAUAACAAUUUAUGUUUAUGACUCCUGCAAUGAUGUUGAGGUUGACUUUGAGGAAUUUACAACUUUAAGUAUUCCAAUAGCAGAUAAUAUAGAUCAGAACUUUAAAAAACUACCACAUCGUGGUUUACAAACUAUUUCUUCUGAGGAUCCAAGGUUUGACAUUGAAAAGGGUUUGGCAGUUUUAACCCAGAUAGAAGACUAUGAAGAAAGCGAUUUACCAUGUCGAGUAUGCAAUAUAGAGGGAACCGGGAAAGCAUACAGAAGAAUGUUGGUGUUCACGCCACCUCCUGUGCUUGUGAUACAUAUUGACAGAUUCAAGAUGAAUGAUUUCAACCGCCUUACCAAGAAUGCACAACGCCUUAAGUAUCCUCGAAUAUUCAACAUGGCUAAGUUCUGUUCAGUUGCAAACACAGAACUAUCGACAAACAGUCUGAAUUACGAAUUAUAUGCAGUUGUUGUUCACUCCGGUGCACUUGGUGGUGGCCAUUAUUAUGCAUAUGUCAACACCACUCGGAUGCAUGACGUAGAAAAAUGGCAAGAACAUCUCAAACGAUCGCCGCUAGAUUUGGAAAAACUAAAAAGCAAUGUUGAAGAAUUUUUGAGAAAGAGGCAUGAAUUUCAAGAUGAUUCAGGACAGACUGAAGUAUGCAAAGUCAAAGAUUCUUGGUUCUAUGUGAGCGACGAGUCUGUAUGUUCAGCGAGUGUUGAUGAAGUUAUUAGCCAUAAAGAUGCUUAUAUCUUAUUUUACGAAGUGCACUAGCAAAAUGAAAUAACUUUUGUGUAUACUGACUACUCAUUAUGACAUUGUCGCCAAAAUUUAAUCUUCUAAAACGUUUGAUGUUCAAAUUGAGUAUAUAAAAAAUCAUGCAAGA